AUGGCGUUCAGGUACUUGUGCGACGGUGCCUCGAAUGAACUGAGCAAGGUGCGCGCCAUCUACAUCUGGGUCACAACGCAGGACUGCAAUCAGGUAGACAACUCAGUCCAGGUUGACCUCAACUCCCCUCUGGGAUAUCUGGCUGCACUCAAGCAGGAGAAGGGCUCCUAUGCUGGACUGUUCGGACGCAUAUGCACUGAGUCGGAUGUGCCAUGUGUGACUAUCCGUGGAUUUGCCAAAGGGGUUGGAUACCAACCGGGCCAGAAGAUGGACGCUGGCAAUUUUGGGGCUUCCUGGAAUGCAGUGCUCAUUGAUAAGUACUGGCGACUCAUAGACGUGCAUUGGGGUGCCAGGUUCAUCACAGGCGACGACAAGAAAGACGACUGGAAGCUGAUUGACUCGGACACCUCAGCAGCAGUGGACAAAACCCAAACGAUGACAUACGACUCAGAUGACUUCUACUUUCUCUCUGACCCGGACAAACUUAUCUUCAGCCACUUCCCAGACGAACAGAGGUGGCAACUGCUGGACACGCCCAAACAGAUCGCACAGUUCGAAAGACAGGCCUUCAUAAAGAGACAUUUCUUCAAAUUAGGUCUCAGCAUCAAGUCGCACCCCGACGCCAUCAUCGAGUGUCCCGAGGGAGAAUCGGACAUCCAGUUUGCCCUGCCCAUGCACACUUGGGUCACAUUUGCAUACAAACUGUUCGCCAUCAGUUCCUCAACCGUCGAGAAAAACAUCGUCUCAUCUGCUAGCAAACUGGGCCAGUUUGUUAUUCAGCAAAGCAUGAACAAAAUUAUCUCUUUUAAUCUCUCAUUCCCCAUGACGGGCAACUUUUUAAUCGAGCUCUACGCGACUGCUGAAUCGCUUGAAAAAGAUGCGAAUAAGAGGGCGAGUUACAUGAAUCAUGUUUGCUCGUAUAUUAUUAAUUGCACGAAGGCAAAGCCGGAUUGCGAGGCGUUGCCGAAGACAGCAUCGCUGAAGGGAUUUGGGCCAGGAAUUGACGCAAUUAGGAAAUCCCUCGUGCCUCUGAGCCACCAGAGUGGGGUCAUAAUCACCGCAACAGGUCAAGUUGAGGUCAGAUUCAAAAUGGAAAACGGACUGGUAGACUUCGCUCAUUUCUUACACAGCAACAAAUACGACGACGAGAAGUUGGAAAACUAUUGCGUUCACCGAUUUGUAGACGACGAAGUCAUUUUCUCUGUCAAUUUGCCCUCUAAUGGUGACUUCACCCUGGAUAUUUUUGGAGAACUAGAAAACAAAGAGGACAAUAAAUCUCUUCCUCACAUUUGCAGUUACCUAAUUAGGUGCAACAAGCCAGGAAUAACCAACCCGCCUUUUGCAGCGACCCUGGAUAGCAUGUUUGGAGUCAGAGGCGAAAAAAAGUACAUGGACAAAAAUAAAAUUAAGUUCAACCCUCAAGAUCCAUUUAUUGUCACCGAUUCGGGCGAAGUAGUAAUUGAAGUUGAAUCGGAUCCCUCUAUAACUUUCCAAGGAGCGCUUCAGUACCGAACUCCGGAGGACCAGUCGGAACCUAUGAACGAUCACGUGUUCUUCGAAAGAACGGGAGACGUCGGCAAACUCCAACUUACAUUGCCGAAAGCGGGUUUCUACCGACUCGGUGUUUUCACGCGCAAGAAAAGCAAGCCAGACGCGGAUCCGGUUGAAGUUUUCAACUACUUGAUUAACUGCACAUCAGUGCAUGCAGAUUUAAUUCAGUAUCCGGUGCCUUUUGCAAAUUGGACCGAAGAUUGCGUGCUGUAUGAGCCAAAACAAGGUCUCUUGCCGUACGACGAAGAGAUCAACUUUUCUGUUUCUAUCCCGGGAGCGGAGUCUGUUUUUGUCGUGCGACCUGGCGAAGCGAAUGAAGAAUACGAGAAAGUGUGUCCCCUAACAAGGUCUGCUGAUGAUGAUGAUACUUGGGAUGGGAGCAUCAAAACAGGAGUGAGUACUGGAGAUCUGCAGCUGGCUGUGAUUUACAAGAAUGGAGAUCAUCCCCAGGGUCUGCUCAAAUUCGAGGUGCUGAGCAAGGAAGGAACAAUUCGCCUGCUUCAAAACCCGUCCAGCCAAUCAGUAGAGGACAUGUCGGAGAACAGGUCGGACGAGUAUGAGAAGCAGUUGAAGGACAAAGAGGUGGAGUUGAUCAGAAGGAGGGAUGAGAGGGAGGAGCGACUGAAACAGGAGUUGCAAGAAAUCAACCAGGCUCAAAAGUGUGCUGCUGAGGCUGAGGCGAGGGCGGAGGCGCAACUGCUGGAGCUGGUGGAACAGAGCAACAGGAUGAGUGCGGAUGAGAGAGCCAGACAAAAGGCGGAGACUGACCUCCGACUGGCCAGAGAAAAGGCCGAUGAGAAGAAGAGGGACCGAAUCCGGACUCAGCUGAGGGCUGCGAUCAAGCAGAGGAACAAGGGGGAGUUGGUGAAAGCACUGAGGCUGUUUGAGGAGAACGAGAUCCCGGACAUAGAUGGGGACUACUUGGAGGGACAGGAACUACUGCAGUACUUCCAGCUCAGAUCAGAUCUUCUGAAGGCAAUUGAGGUGAGGACUGUGCCGAAAUUGCAGAAGGCACUGGAGGCGGUGAAGCGGUCUAGCAGAGACAUGCAGUACAAGUUGGAGUUGGAAACCGCAAGGGCCGAGAGGAUCUUGGAGUCGUUGCGCCACAUAGAGAAGCUGCGACAUGCGAUCAUGAAACUGGACCAGAAGACAAUAGCUGAGAUCAAAGGCUACUCCAACCCACCCCAAGAAGUCCACCAGAUAUUCAAGGCAACCCUACUCUUAUUGGGCACGCCCCUCAAGGCCACUGAGAAAUGGAUUGACUGCCUAGUCCACAUUGGCAAACUAGGUCGGGACUCUGUAAAAAGAAGAAUCAACACCUUCAACAUUGCCUCGGUGUCCAAAGAGACGGCGGAGAAAGCCAACAGCAUCCUCAAAGAGUACUCCACAAACCAAGUCAGAAAUAUAUCUUCGGGCGCUGCUGCUUUCUACGUAUGGUCCAUAGGCGUGAUCAAGGAGAUCUACGACAAGGAGCGUGAAGAGAUUGAGGCACAGCAAAUGGGUGACCAAAUACUCGAUGACGAAAAUGAUGACUCAUUUUGAUUUGGCUCUUUUGUCAAAAUCCGAAUCAUUCAAUUAACUAAGUGUUUUUAAGAGUGUAAACGUAGGAUUACUCAAUUUUGUUUUUUAUAUAAUGUUUAUUCUUCAAUUAAAUAAAACUGAGUUCUCAAAAGAA